GUGGACCUGGCAGGAUUUUGAGAGACUGGAAGCGUAUUUGGAAACGCUAAGGGCAGGAAGUGGUACGACAAUUAAAGAGCAAUUUCCUUACGCGUUCGCGAAUAAAAUUGUUUUACAGUGGAAAAUUGAGCCGUGGGAGCAAAUGUCUGUCGAACAAGAGGAUGCUCAAUGCGUUCCAAAAAAUGGGAUGGUGAAUUGGUCAAAAAUACAUUCGCAAUUGAAUGGAAACAUCUUUCCUAUUCUGUCGCCUGUGGUCUUUCUUUGCCUUACUGGAAAUCCCACGAUUGAUUCUCAUUCCAGCCGCAGGAUUGGAUCUAAAUAUAUUGGAUUAAUAAAGCAAACAAAGCACUCCGCGCCAAAAUCGAAGGGCAAAAUAAUUGCAUCUGAGGUGAUCGACUGGUAUAAUAUUGCAAUGAGGAAAUUCAAUAAUGUUAAAAUUUUCGAAGCGAUAGGAUUUAUCCUUUUCACUAACCGUGAUAUUAGUAAGAUUGACCGAGAGAAAGCUCUUGCAGCAUGCCCCAACUUGAUCAUAAUCUGUAGAGAUAAUCUUGAGAAUUAUAUGUCAUAUACUUUUUUAUACAGAGGAUUUGUAGAUGAGACAUAUAGAAACGAAGAGAGUGCAUAA